ACAGGGAGGAUCGUUAUGUCUUCCUACGAAUCUCUAAGGGCUGCUGGGACCACAGUUGUCUGUUUAUCACCGUGGGGCGAUUCUUCACCUUUGUUGUUACCUUGUCUACGUUUUCGCGAUCUAGCAGUGCAUGGUGUCGUGGUUGCGACGGGGGGCGUGGCCGCCAUUGCAGCUCCGGUGAUGGGCCCCGUCUCCGAUGCAGUUCUCUCUACUGUUGGUGAUGGCAUUCUUGUCGAGAUGGGAUUACACACUGGUUUCGAGCUGACUGCCAAAGCUGCUGAUGAUUUGAUCGGCGACGGAGCAAUCAAGAAAAUGGUCCCAUUGUACUCUACGAGACUGGAGACAACAAAUGUCAAGACUAUUUUGAUCACUCUAAAAUACAAGCACACCGUGGAAGACGCGUCGUUAGGAUUUUUCAGGAGUAGCUUACACAAAGACAACUCUCUGUUCUCAGUGGUAAAAGACUAUUUUGGUAUAGAGAAAGGGUGGUUUUCGCCUUAUCUCUUCGCCAGCGGCCGCAGACCCAUCAUUCCCAGAACCGUGAAACCUGACGUCUUAUUCUGCCACGGACCAUUCCUCCCAGGUGAUUACAAGGUGGGAGAAACUUUGCUGGCAGAGUCUGCAUCAGUUAUCACACUCUGCCCUGCUAUUUCUCCUGAAGGCGUGACGGAAAAGCCCAUUGCACAUCAUCAUUCGCUGUCGAUACCCGAUCUUCCUUCUUUGACUCAUUUCUCUCGUUCACGUACGCCUUCUCCGGAGCCGACAUUGGCACCUCCGAUAUUGCCCCUCGCGCCGAGGAGGAUAGUUAUACUGGUACUAGGAAUGAAACCCCACAGGCUUCUGUGGACGACAAGCGCUAGACCAAGUGAAAGCGUCAUUCAUUAUCAGCUAUUAAACGGCUGCCCCGCAAUAGUCGUGCCUGCCAAGGUUGGCGCGCCAUUGAUAGCCUGGGAUGGGCUUACGCUGGAGGAUCUCUGGAAAGUAAGCCUGCCUAACGAGGGCGAAGUGGGUUUCGGGAAAGCUAGCACGAAUACUACCUUCGUGGGAAUUGUUAAUGUUUUGUUUGAAUAUUUGGACUUAUGCAUUGACUGGGAACGGGUAAUUAUUCAAGGCGACGAAUAUGCCGACGAGAGCAAGCAAAAUGAAGAUGGCAAGAAGGCCUCUGUUUGGGAUGCUUUAGCAUUAUUGGUUGCAGGAGCUGUAAGGAGUGGGAGGAGCAAGGAAGUGAAGAAAGAAGUGGACAAGGAGAGAAGCGGUAUUGCAAUGUGGCGAAUUCCUUGAGAAAUGAUGUUCGCACUUGCAGUUUCGAUGAUCGAAGUAGCUUG